AUGGCCCAGAGGAUGCCCGGCUGCGGGAUCCUGUACGACACCUCCUUGCUCCUGCAGUUCUGCAACGGUGAGUGUGCCCCCUCCCUCCCUCCCUCCCUGCGGCAGCCCUUCUGCUUUGACCACCAGCCCCUGGGGAGGACCCUCUCUCCUCCUGGCACCUCUCCCCUGCUGCCCGAGAGGACCGGUGGAGCCAGGCUGCGUGCCAACAGCCAGGGAGGUGCCCGCUUGCCAGCUUUGCCGGGAAGCUUGCCGGGUCACUGGGAGAGCCGGGCGGCGCCGUGCAUCCCGCCCGCCCGCUUGCCCACCUGCCCGCCGCCUGCGCGGAGCUCCGACUCUGCCCGGCUGCAGCAGCGCCCGUCCGCCGCCUCUGAUUGGCCCGCGCGGCUCGGGGAUGCUGCUGCUGCUGCAGAGAGGGUGGAGGGGAGGGAGAGGCGGCCGCGACAGGAGGACCGGCCGGGCUGGGACGGAGGAGCCCGCGAGUCCCGGAGGAGAAGGGCGGGCAACGGCAACGUGGGCACCCCCUCCCCUGGGCACAGGGCAACCCCCGGCCCGGCCGGCGGCAUGACAGAUGAUAACCUCUCCGGAACCAGUGGGAUGGAGGUGGACGACCGCAUCUCCUACCUGGAACAGCGGCUCCAGCUGCAAGAAGACGAGAUCCAGGUUCUGAAGGCGGCUCUGGCCGACGUCCUCCGGCGCCUGACCACCUGCGAGGAGAACGGGCUCAGCCUGCAGAAGAGAGGGCCCAGCAAAGUGUACCAGCUGCUGAGGGGGCUGCCCUCCCGACCCAGCCUGAGCAACGGGAUCCUGCCCCAGAGGAGAGGCUACUCCACAUCGCCCUCGUCCCCCAAGAGGGAGCUGCUGCCGCCUGGGAAAAGCAAACCCAAGGAAGCCUCCUUCAACGCUGAGGAUGGUUACGUGAAGAUGUUCUUACGGGGACGGCCCGUCCCGAUGUUCGUCCCCGACGCCGUCGUUGCCACCUACAGCCUAGACGCCAAGCUGGACUUGCCCCAUAAGAAGCUGAAGCUGAACUGGGUCUAUGGGUAUCGGGGGCGCGACUGCCGGUCCAACCUGUUUCUGCUGCCUACGGGAGAGAUCGCGUACUUCGUGGCUGCCGUGGCCGUCCUCUACAACGUGGAAGAGCAGCGCCAGCGCCAUUACCUGGGCCACACGGAUGACAUCAAGUGCCUGGCCGUGCAUCCUGAUAUGGUCACCAUCGCAACCGGACAGGUGGCCGGGACUUCUAAAGAUGGCAAGCCUCUGCCUCCCCACGUUCGGGUCUGGGACUCCGUCAGCCUGAACACGCUUCACGUCUUGGGGCCGGGGCCCUUUGAUCGAGCCAUCAGCUGCGUGGGAUUCUCCAAAUCUAACGGAGGAGGACUUCUGUGCGCGGUCGACGACUCCAACGACCACGUCUUGUCUGUCUGGGACUGGCAGAAGGAGCAGAAGCUGGCCGAUGUUAAGUGCUCCAACGAGUCUGUGCUGGCAGCCACCUUCCACCCGACGGAGCCGAUGCUGCUGAUCACUUGCGGGAAAUCCCACAUCCACUUCUGGACAUUGGAGGGGAGCAGCUUGAGCAAGAGGCAGGGCAUUUUCGAGAAACACGAGAAACCCAAGUACGUCCUGUGCGUGGCUUUCACGGAGAACGGAGACACGGUGACCGGCGAUUCUGGGGGGAACCUCUACAUCUGGGGGAAAGGGGGGAACCGGAUUUGCCAUGCCGUGCCCGGUGCCCACGAGGGAGGCAUCUUUGGCCUGUGCGUCCUGCGGAACGGGACCAUUGUCACGGGAGGAGGCCGGGACCGGCGAGUGGUGCUCUGGGGACGGGACUACCAGAAGCUGCAGGAGAAUGAGGUGCCCGAGGGUUUUGGGCCGGUGCGCACCAUCGCGGAAGGAAAGGGCGACUCCCUUUUUGUGGGCACCACCCGGAACUCGGUGCUCCAGGGGUCCCUGGCGACCGGCUUCUCUCUGCUGGUGCAGGGACAUACCGAGGAGCUCUGGGGCCUGGCCACCCACCCUUGCCUGGACCAGUUCGUGACCUGUGGGCAAGACAAGCAGGUCCACCUGUGGAGCGUGGCCACUCACCAGCCCCUGUGGAGCAAGGGGAUUGAGGAUGCUGCUCGCUCGGCCGGCUUCCACCCGAGUGGCUCCGUGCUGGUGGUCGGCACUGUGACUGGCAGGUGGCUGGUCCUGGACACGGAGACCCGAGACCUGGUGACCAUCCACACCGACGGAGGGGAGCAGAUCUCCGUGGUCAGCUUCUCCCCAGAUGGCAGAUACUUGGCCCUGGGGUCCCACGACAAUUUCGUCUACAUCUACGCCGUGUCGGAGGGCGGCAGGAAAUACGGGCGCAUUGGCCGGUGCUCG